AUGAAUAAUGGAAGUCCAGCUCAGCCACCGGCUCCUCAGCACCCUCAGGCGGGAUCUGUGCCCAACUCCCCAUCUUUCCCUCCCAAUCCGUCCGGAGAUGGUUCCGCACCUUACGAUCCUGAUGCCCCCAAAUACUUUUUUCAGGAGAAAUAUGCACCGUUAAAUGUGAAGGGUAACUUUUUGACGCUAUGCGCUUGUCCUAAGAAUGUGGAAUUGGGGGAAUGGUUGGCCCAUCAGAUCGUUGAGCAGUAUCGAUUGCUUCACGGCAUGCUCCAAGUCAUCCAGGAUAUCAAUACCGUUACUGGCCUUCCCAUCUGCAACGAGGCCACGUGCCCCACUAUGUCGGCUGGCCGCUUGACAUACACCUGGCUUGUAGAUGGCCGCGCCGCGAAAAUCUCGGCUCCCAAGUUCAUUAACCGCGUGGAGAAAUGGAUUGUUAGCAAGAUCCAUGACCCCGUCAUGUUCCCCACGGACAAAGUCACCGGCAUGCCCGAGACCUUUGCAAUCCACGAGGCUGGUGGCACAAACCCGUCCAGCCCGGGUAUGAAUGCCCCUGGAGAGGAGUGGAUUGGCAAGUCUAGUGGUUUCCCCCAAACUUUUUACAAGGACUGUCAAGGCAUCAUGAAACAAAUGUUCCGUUGUUACGCUCAUCUGUACCAUGCGCAUUGGCUGAACCCUUUCUGGCACAUUAAUAAGCAUGACAUCCUCAACAUGUGCUUGUCCACUUCGUUACUGUCGCAAACUGGCAGCACCUCCACCCGUAACUCGAACCUCACGGUGUGCAAGUAG